AAGAGAGAGACUCGUUAACUCAAAUCAUGAGAGAGAAGUUGAGGCAGUAGGAACUUUAAUACCACUCGCCCACUCCGGUGCUCUGAAAGUCGAGCCCAAUUUCAUCUCUCUUUGCUUUUGUAUAAACCGAGUUUCCGUAAUUAAGGCCAACCAAAAUUUUAAAACUUCACCAUUUUCUUCUGUUCAUCUUCUUUUCUCACAAGUCACAACAAUGUUAAUUUCAGAAAUACUUGAAGAUGAGAAUAUUAUAAUGCAUAACAAGAACACUAGUACUCAUGAAGGAAUCAACCCCACUAUAUCUUCAUCUUCCACUUUCUGGGGGGUGAAAGUGUCGCAGCAACAGCCAGUUACUGUCAAUUUUCACAAUGAUCCCAGCAAACGCCUUCACGUUUCUCAGGUUACUCUAGGACACUUAUGUGUUGAUGACAUGAAAGAAGACAGAACUUUCUUGUCUUGUAAAAUUGGUGACAGUCCUGAAGUAUUUCUAUGUUGUCUUCGGCUUAAUUCGAAGGAGAUGAUUAGUCUUCCAGAUGUCAAGCUUGGAGGACCAGGGGACAUUGUCUUUGCGGCUGAUGGCCCUAGAGAACUCCAUAUAAUUGGUUUUCUCUAUGACGAUCCUUCCGUUACUUUAGAGACCAUUGCCAAUAAAGGAGGAAUUGCUAAGAAAAUACAGCAGUCGUCAUCAAAAAUCUUUCCUGAAAAUGAUCAUUGGAAAAAAGGUCAGUCAUGUAAAGUGAGUGGAAGUGAAGUUCCCUUGUUCCGCAGAUGUCCUCCUCUCACCUACAAGAUACUGAGUUUGAGUAAUCUGCAUGAUGAGGCUGAAAAUCUUGAUAAUGAAGGUACAUUGGACAAGGUUGAAAAAUGGGUGGCUGAGAUAAACAGAGCAGAACAAGCUUCUCGAUGUAAUGAUCCUCAAAUGAUGGAAGGUGAUCAGCAUGAAAACGAACAAGGCACAAUCUGGGUCAAGAGAAAGCUUGAUAAUGAUGUCCUACAUAUGCGGGAUCCAUGUCAGAAAACAGUAACGCUGGAGGAGGUGACACAUACUGAUCCUGUAGUGGAGAAAAUUGAUAUUCAGGUAGAAGAGACAGUAGAAGAGAGAGUGGAGCAGGACACCAUUCAAGUGACUAGCAGUGAACAUGAGCCAAUAGAAGAAAGAGUGGAGCAGGAUGCUACUCAAGUGACGAGCAGCAAACAAGACAAAAGUGGAACAAUGAGAGACAAGGAAAAAAGGUCGAAAAGAAAGAAAAGGCACUCUCCAAGUGACGAGCAAAUGGAUGGAGAUAAUGGUGAAGGCUCUCUUAGCCCUCCUCCUCCGCUUGAUUCUGGAGAACUUGAAAAGCUGAAAAAGAAGACAAAGUAUAUUGCUGAAGAUGAUGAUAUCAGCGAUAAGGAAAAGAGUUGGAAAAGAAAGAAAAGGCACGCUCCACCAAGUGACGAGCAAAUGGAUGGAGAACAUGAUGAAGGCUCUCUUAGCCCUCCUCCUUUGCUUGAUUCUGGAGAAGUUGAAAAGCUGAAAAAGAAGAAGAAAAAGAAGCAGCAUAUUUCUGAAGAUGAUUAUGUUAUCAGGAAAUCUGGAAAAUCAAAGAAAGAAAUUGUUGAAUGUGAUCCUAACAGAGCUGCAAAUGACCCUUCACAAAUUCCUGCAUUGGAAACCAGGGAAGUUGCGAAUCCAAAGAAACAAAUUGCUGAAGAUGGCAGUUUAAGAUCUACACGCCAUGGUCGCUCAGAAGAACCUGGUGUUUGUACUACUAGACAAGCUAAAAAGGCAAAGAAACACAGCGAGAAGAUUGUUAAAGAUGAGGGAGUCAAGCCUCUCGCUGCUUCUUCAGAACAACAGAACACAGAACCAGAACCAGAACCAGUGACAGCAGAAGAACACUUGUCAGGAACUGCCGGGAUGAUUGUUUGUGGUUUAGCCGCACUUAGUGUGAAUGAAAAAAAGUUAAUGUCACGUAGGCGGAAGGAAGGAUAGUAUUUUUUGAUGUCCCUUUACCUCGUGUUGUGGUCGUAAGUUUUUGUGGAUUAAACUUGCUACCUUAUAGUUUGGGCGCAAUCUCUAAGGAUACACUAUGGUUCUUAGAGUUGUUGAAUCCCCCAUUUUUGUAAGCGGCAUAUGCUUUUGGAACUAGUAGGUGAUAUUAUGUAAACUUGAUGGUUAAUUAUAGUUCCUUGCUGCAAAAUUUACCGAUACUUUUACUC